CUCGCAGACUUGCUCUUCUCCGGCCUUGGGAGCAAAUCUGGCUCCGUCCGUGGGAGACUACCUGAAGUCACUCGGGCAGGCUAUUGUUCUCUACAAAUUAUGAGUUUAUUUUUACCCCGAGUGAUUCCGGGUGGGCAGGGACUAAGCUGUCAUAAACAUGGCCACCCAGCUUCUUUGCUUUUAGGAGAAAACAUGAAAGUCUAUCCCUGUUGCUGUGUAAUGGCUUGACUAUUUUUAGAUUGGGCUGCCAGAGAUAUAAAUUGCUAUUUUAGUCCUCAGCCUGAUGGUGGGUAGACAAACCCUACUUACUUCACCCUAAACAGAACACUUUCUAUCCACCCUCCACCAUCUUGCUGUUUACCCUUUAAAAUUACUAAUAAUGGGGCACCUGGGUGGCCCAGUCCACUAAGCAUCUUGAUUUCAGCUCAGGUCAUGAUCUCAUGGUUCAUGGGAUUGAGCCCCGUGUCUGUGCUGACAGCAUGGAGCCUGUUUGGGAUUCUCUCUCCCUCUAGCUCUGUUGUUAAGUCUUGGGGUAAUGAUGAGGUAGAUCCCUGAAUGCUUGGGACACUUUGAAAGCAUUCUUCCCAAGGGUGCAAUUACUUUCUUUUUUACUAAUAAGAGCUCUGUAGCAACACUGUUGUCUCUUAGGAAAUUAGUAAAAUUAUUUAAAGUAUUAUCAGGGGAGAAAAGAUUUAUUUAUGUAUGUGCCAGAAUGUCUUGGAUAAAAUCUGAAGCUGUUAACUGCACGUUUCUAUUAAACAGUUUUCUGACCAUCUGGCGAAUUCCAUUCAAUCCGUACAUAUUCUGCACACGAGUUAGAUAACUAACUCAUUGGCGGUGCGAGUGACAUAUCUUCACUGUCCCAAAUUCCUUCCCCAGCGGAUUUUCCAUCUGAACUCUCUCUAUUGGGUUAACAGGAACUGCUGUCUUCUUUUUUAUUUAUUUGCUCUAAGGAUAACAGGCCCUUUUAAUUCCGGGAGAAAAUGCUAGUCUUUUGUUCCUAAGCCAGGCACUGAUUAGGAUCCCUUGACCAUGUGCUUCAGCCAAUUUCUGGCAGCCUGGCUCCGCCGUUUGGUUCAGCCUGGCACCAUUUUUCAUCAUGGCAAUUAAUAAGGUGCGACUGGUCAGAACUCAUUAGUGACAAAUAACAAAAUCUCCCCCUCCCCCCAUCUUAAACUAGCUCGAGCAAAAGGAUAAUUUAUAGUGCAAAGGCUGUUGACAUCUUGCAGGCUCCAAGCCCAGGAAUGCAGUGGCGCCUCUGAGGCCUGCGUGCUCUUGGGGCUCUUUUACCUUUGUUGGUUUCUCUGCAUCUGCUUCUUUCGGGCAGCUGCUUUCUUUAGCUGCCUGAAUUUACAUCUCCUCUUUUCCAGCAGAACAGGCAGACUAAACCAGCAUCCCUCAGAAAACAUGGCGUGGCUAUGGGUUGGGUUUGGGGAGAGCCUCACCCACACACUCAAGUGGAAGAAUGCUUCCUGGUUUUCACUAUUUCUACAGUUGGCCCAAAAGGAAGCAUGAAAUAUGGGUUCAUGAACCACCGGGCCCCAGCCAAUGGCCGCUACAAACCAACCUGUUACGAACAUGCUGCUAACUGUUAUACACAUGCAUUCCUCAUUGUUCCGGCCAUUGUGGGCAGUGCCCUCCUCCAUCGGCUGUCUGACGACUGCUGGGAAAAGAUAACCGCCUGGAUUUAUGGAAUGGGCCUCUGUGCCCUCUUCAUUGUUUCCACAGUAUUUCACAUCGUCUCGUGGAAGAAGAGCCACUUAAGGACAGUGGAGCAUUGUUUUCACAUGUGCGAUAGAAUGGUUAUUUAUUUCUUCAUUGCUGCUUCUUACGCUCCGUGGUUAAAUCUCCGUGAACUUGGACCCCUGGCGUCUCAUAUGCGUUGGUUCAUCUGGCUCAUGGCAGCUGGAGGAACCAUUUAUGUAUUUCUCUACCAUGAAAAGUAUAAGGUGGUUGAACUCUUUUUCUAUCUCACAAUGGGGUUUUCUCCAGCGUUGGUGGUGACAUCAAUGAAUAACACUGAUGGACUUCACGAACUUGCCUGUGGGGGCUUAAUUUAUUGCCUGGGAGUUGUGUUCUUCAAGAGCGAUGGCAUCAUUCCAUUUGCCCAUGCCAUCUGGCACCUGUUUGUGGCCACGGCAGCUGCAGUACAUUACUAUGCCAUUUGGAAGUACCUUUAUCGAAGUCCCACAGACUUCAUGCGACAUUUAUGACCAAUCUGUACUAGGUCUCGAAACCAGUAUUAUUUCAAUUAUGGCACUUGGGAGUGGGGUAAGAGCUGAAAGAGACAAACAAAAGAAAACCGCACUGACUUUCUUUAUAUCUUUUGAAUAUAAUUACUGUGAAAGUAUGAAAGCUGUGUUCUGGAAUUCUCCUCCUCACAGCAGAUAAAUAAGGUAGUGAAUUAAUUAUUCAUUCCAUUCCACUAUCAUGAAGGACUCUGGAUAGACUUGGCCAACUGAUGUUUACAAAACAGAAUUUUGUAUUUUAAUUUUACAGAUUUUACUACAUGAUUUUUCUAAAUUACUAGGUCAGGCUGAGAAGUCAGUGCAAUAACAAAGCUUCCUUUUUAAGAAAAAUUAUUUCUAUCACUUUCCCAUCAACAUUAUGAAGAAUCAUGGACAGAACUUACACUACUUUUACCAUGUUUCAUCUUGGCAUAACAUGGCUAUUUUUUAAAUAGAAAGUUUCGUUUUUUGUAAAUUUUUAAAGAUACUUCAUUGAAGCGCACCUCUGCGGUUCCUCAUUCAUGUGAAUUUUUGCAGCAAGCUGUCAACAUUCCACAAAUGAACAAACAUUAUACCUCUUCUGAGAGUUUUAUUAAGCAUAGAGAAAUGGCCAAUUUUUAAAAACUGCAGUUUUCCAAACUUUUCUGCCAACCUCUGACUCUAAACUCCAUGCUGCUUUGGGCCAUAUACUUGACCUAGUUUGGUUUACCAGUAAUGGAAAAGUAUUUUGAUAUCAUUAACUUUUUCAAAAGACUCAACUUUUUCUCUAUGCCUUUGCCAUGCGUUCUUCAGGGUCCCUUUCCACAGUGGAGGAGUAUUCACGUCUGUGUCGUGAUGGUAGUAUUGGAGUGAGCCUCCACUGACGACUCCUGAAGCGUGUUAGGCAUUACCCUGAAUAGUGGUAUUGCCCGUUUGGUGCCCGUCACUUAAGUCAUUGUCACUUAACUUACUAGUAUCAGUUUGGUACUCGUCUUCCAUUGUGGAACUAGAUGCACAAAUUCACAUUCCUAUCUUGCCCCUGCAUCUCCUGAUUUACUUUUUUUUCUUUUCCAUAGAAAAGUAUUUAAAGCGUUGUUUGACAGAUAGAAACUCAUGCGUCUGUAGUCAUGAGUUAUAUCCUAGCUCAGAGGAGUGGUAUUUAAUAUAUUAUUUUUGGUUUUUGCCCUCAGUGUCUUAUAUUAAGAUUAACUUUAGUUGCUUUGUUUAUUAAUCUCCUGUUGGUGUUUUAAUAAAUGAAAUAACCUUGCCUUUAGGUGGGUGCUGGCAGUGACUGCUUGCAAGUGUUGGAUUUUAAUCAGUGGAAUAGUUGUUUUGAUGAAACAUUUAGGCUUACUCACUGAAAUUUUGUACUGAUGCGGCUUUCAAAAGAGGGCUUAUUUUGGGUGUGCGUAUUUAGAACGCUCUGAUUUGAGUGAAUUCCAUGGGAAUGAAGAACAGAAGAACUGGUAUUUGCUGGUGAAUUCUCAAACAGGCAAGGAGCCCAGUGAUGACACCAACCAAACCACCCCUACCUGCAUGAUUCUGAACAUCCUGAUGCCUGUGUUUUGUGUGUAUUCUGUUUUUAAUAUAUUAACUUUUGUGAAUUUAAAGUCUGCCCAAAAGUAACACUGUCAAAACCACUAAAUUGUAUGUAAAAAAUUGUGCUGUAGACUAGAAUAAACUUGUGACUUGGAUUUGU